GCCCUUUCCCCAGAUCGCCUAACGCUCAGGGUAGGGUGUGCAUAGGCAGAACAUAACCUAAGCUUAAAACUUUCUUUAGUGAAAGUACAUACUUACACUUUUUGUUUUUUUAAAUCUCCUUUCACUUGCUAAUUUUAAGCUUGUGGAGUUUUUUUUCCAACUCUUAUUUUUCAUCACAUUCAAGGCAACGUAACUUCAUCCAAGUUCUCAGAUGCAAAUGCAUGCUCGACACCGUGACAGCACCCGCAGCACUGCCCUUUGCCGUUCAGCUGAAGGCCCUGAUGGACCUUGAGGGCCGAUACCAACCAAAGCUGAGCGGCUUGCGGCUCAUCGAGAGUUCCCAGGACAACGGCCUCAGGAUGACCACCCGACUGAGGGAGCUCGAGGUCAAGGACUUGCUUUCUCUGACCAGGUUCUUUGGUUUCAGCUCAGAGACCUUCUCACUGGCCAUCAGCUUGCUGGAUCGAUUUCUAUCUGUAAUGAAGAUUCAACCUAAGCACCUGUCCUGCGUGGGCCUGUGUUGCGUCUACAUCGCCAUUAAGUCCACAGAAGAGGAGAAGAACGUGCCUCUAGCCAACGAACUGAUCCGCAUCAGUCAGAGACGCUUUACAGUAUCUGACAUGAUGAGGAUGGAGAAGAUCAUCAUGGAGAAGCUCUACUGGAAGGUGAAGGCCCCCACAGCCCUCCGCUUUCUGCGCCUCUUUCACAACAACAUCCAGGAGCAGCUCGACGCUGAGAGCAAGAAGAUACUGAGCCUUGAUCGACUGGAGGCUCAGCUAAAAGCCUGUCACUGCUCAUUUGUCUUCUCCAAAAUGAAGCCAUCUAUGCUCGCUAUGGCUCUCCUGUGUUAUGAGUCCCAGGAGCAACACGACCCUGAGUACAGUGACAAAAUAGCUGAGGCCCUGACAAGUCUGCAGCAGCAACUGAAUAUCAGGGACGGGGACUUGGUUUGCGUGCGAGUGUUGGUUGGAAAAUGCCUGGUUGAAUAUGCCAACACCAGGUGCUCCAGGCCUAACGGCCAGAGGCUUCGCUGGACUAUUUCGGGAAGAACUGCACGUCAGCUGAAGCCUAGCUACUACAAGAUCACCCACCUUCCCACCAUUCCUGAGUCAGCUUGUUAAACCUGCGGGCACGAACGGGUGACCUUACAUGUGGGGGGGUAAUUACAACCCCCCCCCCCAAAUGAGGUCACCCACGUACAGCCACUAUUAUUUUCCUUACAGAUUUUCAUCUAUGAUGAUGAAUUUCUUUAGGGAAAAGCUACAAAUAUAACUUUUACAUUUUUGUUUGUCCUUUUACAUUGAAAAAGCGCACUGUAUUUUAUCUGCCCCAACGACAAUGAGUAAUGAUUUGUCAGAAAGGUUCUGCCAUCCUGCUAAGUUUUACUUUCAUGGUUGAGUUGCUUGCACAAGUGUACAGUAUGUUCUUGAUAAAAUCUGUACCAGGUUGUUUUGCUAUUUCCUGGAACGGGUUGCUGGUUUUAAGCAAAAAUAAGUAUAGAACCACCUAGGUCCUCAGUCCACCAUGUGGAAGAGGAGGGAGAAGGAUUUUGUGAACAGCAAAAAUGGAACCAAGUUAUCGGGCCCAAAAUCCUUAACUCCUACCCUAGGUUGAUGAACUGUCCUGAUUGCACACUCCUACCCAAGGUGAUGAUUUUUUGUUUUUAUUUUGAUACGGCGAGGGAGCUCUGGUUAAGUCCAGUGAAGUGAGGCUAUUGACAAUAUGACCGUCAUGUAUGGCUGACCAUACUCUUUGAGCUGAGAUGCCCAUGGUAACAGAUGCGUUGUUUCACCAAUUCUUAAUUAGUGUACACAGAGUGAAGUACCACCUUAAUUGAUUUCAGUUGUCAAUUAUGCAAAGAACACUGAAAAAAAAGUUUGUUGCAGUGGAAAUGUGGGUUGGAAUUUGUAUUGCAUUUUCUUUGCCUGUUUCCCUGUCGAGUAGAGGUUUCUUUUAGUGACAAAAAUAAAAUGUGUUCUCAAAUUCAAAAUGGCUAAUUGAAUACACCAUCUUGUUAACCUUAAAGUUGUACCUUUCAAUAAAGUUUUUAUUGAAAAGCUAA